CCCGGACUGGCGAAGCCGGAAGUAGCCUGGGGCGCGAGAAGGCCCCGGAGCUGCGGGCUGUGCGCGGCGGAGACUCGGCUGGCGUGAGGAGAAGCGCCCGAGCGAGCCGAGAUGCAGAGCACGUCUAACCAUCUGUGGCUUUUGUCUGAUAUCUUAGGCCAGGGCGCCACUGCAAAUGUCUUCCGAGGAAGACAUAAGAAAACUGGUGAUUUAUAUGCUGUCAAAGUAUUUAAUAACAUAAGCUUCCUUCGCCCAGUGGAUGUUCAAAUGAGAGAAUUUGAAGUAUUAAAAAAACUCAACCACAAAAACAUUGUCAAAUUAUUUGCUAUUGAAGAGGAGACAACGACAAGACAUAAAGUCCUUAUUAUGGAAUUUUGUCCUUGUGGGAGUUUAUACACUGUUUUAGAGGAGCCAUCUAAUGCCUAUGGACUACCGGAAUCGGAAUUUUUAAUUGUUUUACGAGAUGUGGUGGGUGGAAUGAAUCACCUCCGAGAGAAUGGCAUUGUGCACCGUGACAUCAAGCCGGGCAAUAUCAUGCGUGUCAUAGGGGAGGAUGGACAGUCUGUGUACAAACUCACAGACUUCGGUGCCGCUAGAGAACUGGAGGACGAUGAGCAGUUUGUGUCUCUGUAUGGCACAGAAGAGUACUUGCAUCCUGACAUGUAUGAGAGAGCCGUACUAAGAAAAGAUCAUCAGAAGAAGUACGGGGCUACAGUUGAUCUCUGGAGUAUUGGAGUGACAUUUUACCAUGCAGCUACCGGAUCGCUGCCAUUUAGACCAUUUGAGGGGCCUCGCAGGAAUAAGGAAGUGAUGUACAAAAUCAUCACUGGAAAGCCUUCUGGUGCCAUAUCUGGAGUACAGAAAGCAGAAAAUGGGCCAAUUGACUGGAGCGGAGACAUGCCUGUUUCUUGUAGUCUUUCUCGGGGUCUUCAGACACUGCUUACCCCAGUUCUUGCAAACAUCCUUGAAGCUGACCAAGAGAAGUGCUGGGGUUUUGACCAGUUCUUCGCAGAGACUAGUGAUGUCCUUCACCGAAUGAUAAUCCACGUUUUCUCGCUGCAGCAGAUGACAGCACAUAAGAUUUAUAUUCAUAGCUAUAAUACUGCUGCUGUAUUCCAUGAACUGGUAUAUAAGCAAACUAAAAUUAAUUCUGCAAAUCAAGAACUUAUCUAUGAAGGACGACGCUUAGUCCUAGAACUUGGAAGACUAGCCCAGCAUUUCCCUAAAACCACAGAGGAGAACCCUAUCUUUGUCGUAAGCCGGGAACCCCUAAGUACCAUAGGACUGAAAUACGAGAAAAUUUCCCUACCUAAAGUGCAUCCACGUUAUGAUUUAGAUGGUGAUGCUAGCAUGGCCAAGGCAGUGACGGGCGUCGUGUGUUACGCCUGUAGAAUUGCCAGUACCUUGCUGCUCUAUCAGGAAUUAAUGCGGAAGGGGAUACGGUGGUUGAUUUUUUUAUUAAGUGAUUAUAGUAAUAAAAUUCACUUCAUAAACUACCUCUAGAAAUCUAUAUUUGUUACUCUUAUUCGUUUUCUGAUGUGUUUUUCAUACAGAUAUGAAAAGUUGAUGAAAAUUAACCUAGAAACAGCAGAGUUGGGUGAAAUUUCAGACAUACACACCAAAUUGUUGAGACUCUCCAGUUCCCAGGGGACCAUAGAGAGUGGCCUUCAGGACAUUGACAGCAGGCUGUCUCCAGGGGGGUCGCUGGCAGACACCUGGGCCCAUCAGGAAGGCACUCAUCCCAAGGACAGAAAUGUAGAAAAACUCCAAGUCCUGUUAAAUUGCAUCACAGAGAUUUACUAUCAGUUCAAAAAGGACAAGGCAGAGCGCAGACUUGCUUAUAAUGAAGAGCAGAUCCACAAGUUUGAUAAACAAAAACUGUAUUACCAUGCAACAAAAGCAAUGAGCCACUUUACGGAAGAGUGUGUUAAGAAGUACGAAGCUUUUCUGGCCAAGUCAGAAGAGUGGAUGCGAAAGAUGUUUCUUCUGAGGAAACAGCUGUUAUCUCUAACUAAUCAGUGCUUUGAUAUCGAAGAGGAAGUGUCCAAGUAUCAAGACUACACUAAUGAGUUACAAGAAACUCUGCCUCAGAAACUGCUCGCAGCCUCUAGUGGAGCCCAGCACGCCAUGGCCCCGAUUUACCCCAGUUCUAACACUUUAGUGGAGAUGACUCUCGGUAUGAAGAAAUUGAAGGAAGAGAUGGAAGGCGUGGUUAAGGAGCUGGCUGAGAACAAUCAUAUUUUAGAACGGUUUGGUGCUUUAACAAUGGAUGGUGGCCUCCGCAAUGUGGACUGUCUUUAGCUUUCUAGGAACUCUGGGAAGUUCUGGUUUGCACAAGAAGUAACACUGGGUAAUGAAAUGAGCACCUUUUUUGGUGGUUCUUAUUUCUACAAUUCAGUAUUUGAUGAGGUCAUGUAAAUAUGUACAGUUUGUAAAUAUAAAAAUAUAUAUAUAAAUUUUUGGCUGCUGUUCAGAUGUAAUUUUGCCUUUUAAAAACAUUUGUAAGUCUUCAAGGCAGACUGACCUCAGUGAGCUGAAGAAGAAAGCCAUGACCAGCCGAUGCUUUGGGAUGCUGUCCCCAGUGCUUCAAGUGAGGCUGGAAACGUCUACUGCUUGGUGCCUACGGAAAAUAUUUUUAAAUUGGCAUCCUUAAAACUCAGAAAGGACUGGUAGUGGAGACCUUUGUGAAGGGUGGAGUGGUGGCUUUUGUGAUGGAACAGAGCCGACCCUCUGCUGACCAGGGCCAGGUCCUCUGACGCAGGUGAAGUGGCAUUAUUUUUUUUGACGAGGUGCCCAGAUCCCCGUUCUCCUCGUAUGUCUAAUUUCAGGUGAAUUAUUGAGCAAAAAAAUUUAAAGUGAACUCAUUGUUUAAACUUUGUUUUUUCUUUGCUCAUAAAUGUGUAAUUGUCAUUCAGAUUCUAGUAUCAUUUCAAUUGUUUUAAGCUGUACAUUUCUGUACUUUAAUUCUGUUAACUAUUUCAUGAAAUAUUCUGCUUACUAUUUCAUGAAAAAA